UUUAAAGUCCCUCUGUACCUGCCAAAGUAGCCAUGUUCCGCCAACUGGUCGCACGCCACGGCAAGUUUUCCUCGACCGCUCUGGCCAUGGGCUUCGCGGCCGCGGGUGCCGCUUUAGGUGCGCAGCAGCAGCAGUCGCAGUCGUCAGUGGCACUUGCGGAGGAUGCGCUCCCGUUGGCCGCGCCCGUGGCCAAGCAGCCGAAGAUCAACGGACUUAAGAUCUUCAGCGGCAACGCCAACCACGAGCUCGCUUCCAACGUGGCCAAGCUUGUGGGUGUGCAACUAGGCAAGAUCACAGUCGAGCGCUUCGCAGACGGAGAAGUCAACCUCAUGGUGCACGAAAACGUGCGUGGCAAGGACGUGUAUAUUGUGCAGCCCACGUGUGUACCAGUUAACGAGAACCUCAUGGAGCUGCUACUUAUGGUCAGCACUAUGCGUCGCUCUUCAGCUCGUCGUAUCACUGCCGUCAUCCCGUACUACGGCUAUGCGCGUCAGGACCGUAAGAUGGCUGCCCGUGUGCCUAUCUCGGCCGCCGAUGUCGCGCGUCUGCUCGAGGCUAUGGGCGUGGACCGCGUCAUUGCUGUCGACCUUCACUGCGGACAGAUCCAGGGCUUCUUCGGUCCGCAUGUGCCUGUGGACAACCUGGACGGCGGUCUUGUUGGUGUGUCGUACUUCGGUAACCACGAGCUGGUGAACCCCGUCGUUGUGUCUCCUGAUGCUGGUGGUGUCGCGCGUGCCAAGAAGUUCCGCGAGUGGCUCGUGGGAAAGUACGGCCUCCCUAAUACUGGUCUGGCCAUGAUCAUCAAGCAGCGCAUUAAGGCCGGCGAGAUCGACCGCAUGGACCUCGUGGGUCAGGUCGAGGGCUCGGACUGCAUCAUUGUUGACGACAUGAUCGACACGGCUGGCACGCUGUGCAAGGCCGCGCAGCACCUGGCAGACCAUGGAGCCCGCAAUGUGUACGCCUUUGCGUCCCAUGGUCUGUUCAAUGGCGCCGCCAACGAACGCAUCAAGAAGUCGGCGCUCAAGGAGGUCGUGGUCGUCAACACUACGCCGCUGCCGAAGAGCUGCGAAGGCAACGAGAAGAUCGUGCAGCUGGACAUUGCCCCAUUGCUGGCUCAGGCUAUUCAGAACAUCCACGGCAAGAAGUCGGUGUCUCAGCUGUUCCACUAGACGCAGAGCGAUAGGCAAGAGCUCACUGGCAGGCAGACAGAUGCGCAGGUACUUCCCGUACCUGCACAUAGUAUGUAAUUUCGACAAGGUUUGCAUGAACCUAUUUUUUCAGCAAUGCUCUCGAGGCACUGUGCAUUGUUCAUAUUCAAGUGCUGGAGUGUAUUUAUGCAGUUAAACGUCCUGACUAAUGUCAAUUGAUGAUAGACUC